ACAGCAGAUAAACACCUGCUCGUACAGAUCAUCCCGAGCCUGAGUUGACGGGAACUGCUUUAAUACAACAAACAUUUGGAGCAGAAAUCGAUCCAAGAAAGGGGGGAUUUGGACUCAAAAUGCCAUCCACAAGAGGAAAAAGAAAAGAAUAUCUGACUGUGAAGGAUCUGCAGAAGGUUUUGGACUCUUGCAAACUACAUCUGAAUGAAAUAGAUGAGGUGUGGCCAAAAUUAUACAUAGGGAAUGUGGUAGUAGCCCAAAACAAGGCUGCCCUGCUGAACCUCGGUAUAACUCAUAUAUUAAACGCUGCUCAUUCCAAGCGAGGCAGCAUAGGAAACCAAAGCUAUUAUGGCAACAGCAUUGUGUAUUGUGGCAUUCCUGCAGACGACUCCACACACUUUGAUCUGGAUGUUUACUUCCAGCCUGCAGCUGAUUUCAUUCAUAGAGCUCUCAGGUCACCUGACGGGAAGGUUCUGGUGCACUGCAUCAUGGGAAUGAGCCGGUCAUCGACCUUGGUGUUAGCGUACCUCAUGAUCUACCAGCACCUCACGCUCAAACAGGCUUUGCAGAAGCUGCUUCAGAAGAGAGCAAUCUACCCCAACAGGAAUUUCCUGGCUUUGCUCAUAGAUCUGGAUCUUCAGCUGAUGAGGAAGAAGAAAACAUGUCAGAUCCUCUAAUCAAAACAAGUUUACACUUAAAGGUCACAGAAACAUGGCUGCUAGGAAUAAUGAUGUCCAGACUUGACUUAUUUUUUACAGCAAAUAAAAUAACACAAAUCUUUGUCGAUCUUGUGGCCAAAUACCAUUUGGACACAGCUGUAUUCUAUAUAUCAUAUUAGCAUUAUGUUAGCACGUAACACAGAAAAAUGCAAAAACAUAAAAUUUCACUGCAUUUACUUUAACUUCCUGUCCUCAUAUUCAAAACUAGAAUGCAAAAUAUCUAUAUGAUAACACAAAUUUAUCAAUUUAUCAUGUCAAUGGAUCAUGUCAACAGGUUAGCGUGUUGGAAAAGGAGGAAUUUGGGUUCAGGUCUACACAAAACACCAUUGCAUUCAUGUUAAAUCUUCCCAUCAACUGCUGACAUGCUAAGAUAUCUAUCUAAUGAAGACACAAAAGCCCCCCGCCUACAAAAAAAAAAGUGUACUGUAUUGCAGUAUACCAACAGAGGUAUGCAAAGUGGGACAUGCUAAGCAUCUUUAAAGCUAUUUUAUAAUUAAUCAAAUAUUGCCUUCUCUCUUUUUUUAGUUACACCAAAAUAUUCAACAUUACUGUACACAUGAUAAUGUACUUAUACCUGUUAAAAUAGGACAAUAACAUGCUGAUGCUAGCAAGUUGAAAAGCAAUCAAAAUCUUUUAAACGACAACAUGGUUACAAGAAGGCUAGCUUCAAUACUAACAGUUAAGUCCAGCGUAGCACACAAAUGGGCUGACAUUAACAUGCUAGUCUUUGCAUAAUGACAAAGAAGUUUAAAUGUGAGAGGCUAACAACAUGUUUACAUCCAGUUGGCUAGCUUACAUGCUAAAGGUUGAAUUCAGCUCAGCACACAACCAGGCUAAAAGUCUAUGUUAAGCGGAAAUAAAUAAAUAUUUAGUUUAAAUUUCCUAUACAACAAAAACUUAUAGCAAGUCCUGUACUACUUCUCUUAGUAUACUGUAUUCACUGUUAGUACUGUCCCACUUCUGUUUUGCGCUUCAGGAAGUGACAAAUAUUCAACUGCCUCUUUUUUCUUCUUUUUUAACUGCAGGUUGGAAACAGACAUUAGGCAAUUCUAAUAAAAAUUUGACGUCUAUUUUCGCUAUCAAAUUCAUGUAACUUGUAUUUUAUGUUAACAUUAUUUACUUAAAAAAUUAACUUAUAUUUCCUUCAAUGCCUUUUUCUGGAUUGAAAUGUGCUGCCGUUGCUAACAACAUGUUAGAUAGCUAACAAAUGCUAACGUUAGCUAAUGCGCUAGCAUGCUAACAGCGCUAGAAUGCUAACAGUACAAUAUCCACUACAUAAAGAUGUCUCAUUUGGGUGUGUAAGUCACAUCCACUAAGAGGAAAACAUGCCUCCUAACUGUCAAAAACUGUAAGUCAAAUGUGUCAAAUUUUCGCAUAUAGUCAAUAUGAACUUGCAGAAUUAAGUCAUAGCUGUCUAGCAAAAACUGCAUACUCAAAUGUUAAAAGUUGUAGCCCAGUAUUUUGUUAUGAAGUAGAAGCUAAACACCUUUGUACGUUUGGAUAAUGCUUUUUGUGUCAUUAAGCUCCACAUUUGGCCCCGCCUCUUCAACCUAUGAGCUAAGAACAUUUUCUAAUGGCCUGUAGCCAUAUUUCAGUCAAACGUAGCUCUAUGUUUUCGUUUUUACACUAACUUUUUCCAACAUAGGAUAGUGUUUUCACAGACUAAUUUAUAUUUAUUUUUACAGAGACUUUAAGAACAGUUGAGGUUAACAAAAAUAAAGAUCUUAAUGGAGGAACGUUUGGCAUGCAAAAAACCUGAUACGUGGCAAUGACAAAACUGAAAAACCUCAACUUAGACAACUAUUUCAGGCUAGUCUCUACUUACUCAAAAACACAUUGGCACGAUUAUACAUAGCCUAUAUUUUAUUUUAUUUAUAUUUUGAUUAUUUUUGUCUACUGUAACAGUUGUUUCUUAGAGCAAGUUUAAAACUUUUCCGAAAUGAUGCAAACAAUACUGAAAAAUGAUUUUUUUGGUCAAAGGACAUUGAAUAACUUUUUAUGCCUUGAAUAAUGUCUGUAAACCUGUUUUUGAGCCAUGGCUUUUGUCCAGCACCUCACUUUGUAUAACAGCAUUAAGGACCAAAUCUGUUGUGUCUCGUCUAAUGUUUAAGUCAUCAGUGUUUAAAAUUCUGUAGAUGUCUAUUGAAGAGAUAUAAGAUGUUUUUAAAACAACAUUCAAGCUUGAAAUGGGAAUCAGUCUACAGAAAAUCCAAUUAAACAACAACUGUGUGGUCAAAGUGUGGUUAAGUUUUACUGUAUUUACAAAAUAUGUGACUGUUUCUGCUGAUUGUGACAAGAUAUUUGACUGUGUUUACAAACAAAAAAGCAGAAAUAUGUCACUUAGAUUUGCACGUGUAAUUUUCAUAGUAUAAUGUGACAGCUAUGACUUCAGUCUGGCAUAUCAUUAAUACUAAACCUCACACUCUGUAGCUUGAAACGAAAGAGAAAAUGUGAGCACACAUGCAUGCUGUGAUUUCUCUAUUUUUACAUGAACAGAUUAUUUCACAAACAUAUCCAUGUGUAGAAAAAGAAAUACUGUGAUUUAUAGGGUAAGAUUGAUGUUUCUGGAGUCAAAAGUUAAAAUUUCUACGGAAGCCCUAAAUGGACAUGAAUCAGUACUUAAAUGUAUGAAUGCAUAUCCUUCUAAGGAUUUUAAAUUAUUCAAACUUUUUGUCCACAUUGUUUUAACAUUCAUCCAAAAUUAAUUUGCAUUUGAUCAUAAUUUCUCAUGAUUUCUGUCAAAUGUUUUUUCGUUGCUUUCAUCAAUAAAAUUUAAAAACUUGUUUAAAAUAUUAAAAACUUCUACAAGUUUCAAAAGUUUUGAAAAAACAUCAAACAUUUAAUCACAAUGUUUUUCAAAUCUUCAUUAAAAUAAUCUAAACCUUUGCCAAUAUAUAUUUUUAAACAUUUUAUCAAAAUGUUUAAUAUUUACCAUCAACCCUUUUUAAAAGAAGACAAAAUAAAACUUUUAUUUUUAAUUUUCCUAAAAUUUCAGGAAAAAUGUCAAAAUUUUCACAAAAAAUAUACAGCUGUUUUUAAACAAUUUUUCAUGAAAAGAAUCCAACCAUUAGCCAACAAUUAUCAAACAUGUAAACAAACAUUUUCAGAAUCUCUGUCAACAACACAACAAAACAUUUGCUCCUUACAUUCAAAACUUUCACCAUAAUUUAAAAACUCUUGAAAAUAAUUCAAACUUUCUUUUCCAUUAAAAUUUGCAUCAAAAUGACCUUUUAUUUUUUUUUUAACAAUUUAUAAUUUAAAGGUUUUUUUUCAUAAUUUCCAUUAACUUUUGUCAAAAACAAACAAAAAAUUUUAGUUUUUAAUUUUCCUAACUGUCGGUAAAAAUUUCAAAACUUAAAAAACUUUACAACUUUUUUUUCCAUCAAAAAUGAUCCAAACAUUCAUUAUCAUUUUCUUUUGGGACACUUCCCCAAAAUUUGUUGAGUUCUUUUAAACUUAUGCAACAAAUGUCAGUUUAUCAAGGUCAUCAGAUUUUUUUUUUCCUGUUGGAAAAGAGUGUUGUUAUCCUGUGGAAACAAAAUAAACAAGUCAAGAUCUUAGACAAACAAUCUGAAUUUGCUUGUAUAUCAGCAAUAUGUAAUAUUAUUUAAUAUAAUAGUAAAAUAAUGUCCAGUUAAGGCUUCCGUAGAUUAAAUAUUAGAGUUACAUCUUGUGGUGAUUUUCUGUUAAGGUUUUUGGAAGUUGUUACAAUAGGUCAGAAAGUCUUUGUACAUGAUAAAAAAUGUACUAUUUUUAUUGUGUGUACCUUUCUUUACAUGUGUGAAUCUUUACUGCAUACUAUUUUUGUGCAUUAGCUCAAACUGAGUGUGCCAUGUGAUAUAUUUAAGUGUAUGUUUGCCAUUAUUUCUGUCUGCUCAAAUGUAGAUAUUUUAAACCCUUUCA